UGCGCACCGCGAAGCGCAGCCGCGCCAACGCUCAGAACCGGGAAAGGCGUCUCCGCUGCCACCAGCGCCUCUUCAGUCAUGCCGAAGCACGAGUUCUCUGUGGACAUGGCCUGUGAAGGCUGCUCUAAUGCAGUCACUCGGGUCCUCAACAAGCUGGGAGGAGUUCAGUUUGACAUUGACCUGCCCAACAAGAAGGUUUGCAUUGACUCUGAGCACAGUGUGGACACUCUGCUGGAAACCCUGGGGAAAACAGGAAAGGCUGUUUCCUACCUCGGCCCCAAGUAGCCAGGGCCUGGGCCCUGAGCCCGCAGGAUGGACCAGAGCGGGCAGGUGGGCUGCUGAUCCUCUCCUGACUUCCAGACAGACCUGGGGCCUGGCAGUCCUGCUCAUCGACGGGGGUUCCUGCAAAGACCCUCGCUUGCCCUGCUCCUCCCUAGCUUCCCUGCAAUAAAGUCAAGCUGCUUUUGUUGGA